AUGACAUUUUGUCAAUUCUUUAUAGACACGUGUUCGUCGCAUCUUUUCUUCACCGUUUUUGUGCCCAAUCACGUGUUCUUCUCCAUCGCUUCUGCUUCAUUCUUGUCUUGUUGCUCGCAACAUGGUGGCUUCCACCAUUUCUUUUCCCCAAUCAUAUUACUCCACCAUAUCUUCUCUAAAUCGAUUUGUGUCCCCUCUAACGUCUCACCCCUGAUACUUCAAACCACCAUCGAUUUAUCCACUUUUGUUCAACAGGGAAGCAGCAAGAACCAAGAACGCAUUCUGGCGUUGUUGGUGUUGGUGGUGCGACGACGUGGGUUGCUGGUCGCGGUGACGGGAGGCGUUGUGGUCUUCAGGUGUCGCAAAUUGAUUGCUUGGUGGCAGUUAUGUUCCACCGCUAUGAGUUCCAAUCAAUUUAGUCCAGGUAACGUCGCUCGCCACCAUGGUCCAAGCCACUGUCGCUCUCCACCACCGAUUGUCCCUGCAGGUGAUUCUCCCAGGAACUCAUGGUGUGCGAAUAUAGCUUCAUCGCCUGAUUUCCUUCUUCUAUUCCUUCACUGAUCGAGCCUUGAUUGCUUCAUCGAUGACUACAACCCAGAAAUCAGUUUCGUUAUGUUCUAUGCCUUUGUUAAUGGCAAGACUUGCGUCCGAUGUUCCUCAAAAAUCAGAAGAAAAAAUUCAGAUGCAUAUCCCCAUAUGCUCGAAAAGAAAUAAAUUUAGAUUCAUAUCCCCAUAUGCUCGAAAAUCAAAGGCAUACAUUCAUAUCGUCGAAAACAAGAAGGUAUAAAGAAAGCUUUUGUAAUUUCUAAAUAUUUUUUUAUUCUUUGUAUCAAGGUAUCAGAAUCACUGGGUAAUUAGGAUUAUUUGAUGCUUUUGUUGUGAAAUUCUACUUAUUGACUUUUUCUUAUGUGUCAUUUUUGUGAGUCGCAAGUAAUAUUGAAUUGUGG